CAGAUCAGUCAGUGGCUUCAUGGAGUUAUGUACCUCUGAUCCGCCGCCAUGGAUUGCAAUCCGCGAUCACUCCUUUUCAUUUUACCUCUUUUAUUGUCCUGCGUUAUUCCUGCGUUUCCCAUCAUCUACCCCCCCAAUGAAGUCAACCUGUUAGACUCAAAAGCAAGCCAAGGGGAGUUAGGAUGGAUUUCCUACCCAUCGCACGGGUGGGAGGAGAUCAGUGGGGUGGAUGAGCACUACACUCCUAUCAGGACCUUCCAGGUCUGCAAUGUGAUGGAGUACAGCCAGAACAACUGGCUUCGUACCAACUGGAUCCCUCGCCAGUCAGCCCAGAAGAUCUACGUGGAGCUGAAGUUCACCCUGAGGGACUGCAACUCCAUCCCGUUGGUCUUGGGCACCUGCAAGGAGACCUUCAACCUCCUCUACCUGGAGACAGACGACGACCAGGGCAGCCACUUCAGAGAGCAUCAGUUCUCUAAGAUUGACACCAUCGCCGCUGAUGAGAGUUUCACCCAAAUGGACCUCGGAGAUCGCAUUCUCAAGCUGAACACUGAGGUGCGCGAGGUGGGUCCCAUGACCAAGAAGGGCUUCUACCUGGCGUUCCAGGAUGUGGGCGCCUGUGUGGCUUUAGUUUCAGUGAGGGUUUACUUCAAGAAGUGCCCAUACACUGUGAGGAAUCUGGCUUCCUUCCCUGAUACAGUGCCAAUGGACUCCCAGUCGUUGGUGGAGGUCAAAGGCUCAUGUGUCAAUCACUCCAAAGAGGAGGAGCCCCCACGAAUGUACUGCAGCACAGAGGGGGAGUGGCUCGUGCCUAUUGGGAAGUGUCUAUGUAACCCGGGGUACGAGGAGAGAAGCAACACCUGCCAAAUGUGCAGGGCAGGCUUCUACAAGUCAACGCUCGGAAAUUUGGAGUGUGCAAAGUGUCCGCCUCAUAGUUUCUCUCACCAUGAGGGGUCCCUUCACUGUGGGUGUGAGAAAAACUACUUCCGUGCUGAAGGAGACCCUGCCUCCAUGGCCUGUACACGUCCUCCUUCAGCUCCUCGAAAUGUGAUCUCUUCCAUCAAUGAGACUUCAGUUAUCCUGGACUGGAGCUGGCCGGAGGACAGUGGCGGGCGCAGGGACAUCACCUUCACUGUCCUCUGCAAACGCUGUCGUGGUGUUACUGCUAACGGCAGCAACGGUGGGGCCCAGCAUUGUGAGCCUUGCCGGAGCAAUGUUCGCUUUCUGCCAAGGGCCACAGGCCUCCACAACACCACAGUGACGGUGGCUGAUCUGCUAGCCCACACUAACUACACGUUUGAGAUUGAAGCGCAGAAUGGUGUGUCACCGCUGGCCCCCAGGAUGAGGCAGUACGCCGCUGUCACCAUUACCACCAACCAAGCCGCUCCCUCCCCGGUAACAGUAAUCAAAAAGGAGAAGACGUCUCGAAACAGUGUCUCCCUGUCCUGGCAGGAGCCUGAAAGACCCAACGGCAUUAUCCUCGACUAUGAGAUCAAAUACUACGAAAAGGAGGAGCAGGAGACCAGCUACACCAUCCUCCGUGCUCGGGGUUGUAAUGUGAGUCUGAAUGGUCUGAAGCCCAACACCGCCUACCUGCUGCAGAUCAGAGCUCGUACCGCUGCCGGAUAUGGAGCCAGCAGCCCCAGUUUCCAGUUUGAGACCAGCCCUGACUCAGCCUUCUCCAUCUCCAGUGAGAGCAGCCAGGUUGUUCUGAUUGCCAUUUCCUCUGCUGUGGCCAUCAUUCUGCUCACUGUGCUGCUCUAUGUCUUGAUUGGCAGGUUUUGUUGCCACAGCAAAUCCAAACAUCCUGAUGAGAAAAGACUGCACUUUGGUAACGGCCACUUGCGUCUGCCGGGUAUCAGGACCUAUGUAGACCCCCACACAUAUGAGGACCCGAGCCAGGCUGUGCACGAGUUUGCUAAGGAGCUGGAUGCCUCCUGCAUCGCCAUCGAUAAAGUGGUGGGAGCAGGUGAGUUUGGUGAGGUGUGCAGUGGUCGCCUAAAGCUGCCCAGCAAGAAGGAGAUCUGUGUGGCCAUCAAGACUCUUAAAGGAGGAUACACAGACAAACAGAGGCGGGACUUCCUCGCUGAGGCAUCAAUCAUGGGACAGUUUGACCACCCCAACAUCAUCAGGCUGGAGGGGGUGGUAACACGCAGCAAACCCGUCAUGAUUGUCACAGAAUACAUGGAGAAUGGAUCCCUGGACAGUUUUUUGAGAAAACAUGAUGCCCAGUUUACAGGCAUCCAGCUGGUUGGCAUGCUGCGUGGCAUCGCCUCAGGCAUGAAGUAUCUGUCCGACAUGGGCUACGUUCACCGAGACCUGGCAGCUCGGAACAUCUUGGUCAACAGCAACCUGGUGUGUAAAGUGUCAGACUUCGGCCUCUCCCGAGUCCUGGAGGACGACCCGGAGGCGGCUUACACCACCAGGGGAGGUAAGAUCCCCAUCCGGUGGACAGCUCCAGAGGCUAUUGCCUACAGGAAGUUUACAUCAGCCAGUGAUGCUUGGAGUUAUGGCAUUGUCCUCUGGGAAGUGAUGUCAUAUGGCGAACGGCCCUACUGGGAGAUGUCCAAUCAGGAUGUAAUAAAGGCCGUAGAUGAGGGAUACCGCCUCCCCCCACCUAUGGACUGCCCUGCUACCCUCUACCAGCUGAUGUUAGACUGCUGGCAGAAAGAGAGGAACAACCGCCCUAAGUUUGAACAGAUUGUCAGCAUCCUGGAUAAACUCAUUCGCAACCCUGGUAGCCUCAAAAUUACAGCCAACACCACAUCCAGGCCGGCCAACUUGUUGUUGGACAGGAGCAGUUCAGAGGUACCCCCAAUGGGGACGGUGGGUGAUUGGAUGGAUGGAAUGAGGACCUUGCCCUGCAAGGAGGCCUUCUCUGGGGUCAGCUACAGCUCCUGUGACACACUGGCCAAGACCUCCACAGAGGAUCUGAAAAAGGUUGGAGUGACUAUCGUAGUACCACAGAAGAAGAUCGUGAGCAGCCUCAAAGCCCUAGAUUCCCACACCAAGAAUGGCCCUGUACCUGUUUAAAAAAAGAGAAACCAACAAAUAAAACACCAGAGACCUGUCUGUCGGUGUGGUUGCUAAUCACAGUCUAACACGGAGGCUUCAUAUUUAAACUGGAAAUGCAUGGAAAUGGAGAUGAUUCAAAUGAGGGCUUUCACUGUUUCAUUGAGAGACGAUAUCAAGUCCUGACAGAGGAACAGGAAGAGCUCAGUACAGACCUGCCAGCUAGUCAACUGGUUGAUUCUUCAACACCUCUGUCCCUCCAUGCCCAAGUUGAGAUGCCUUACAGACAAAUGGGGGGUAGAGAGCGUAGGGGAAAGCCAAGGAGGGUAGUGAGACCUGGCCAGGAAUACAAACUGGGACUAGGAUACAGGGCAAGGACUGGACUAACAUAAAGCCGGAGCUCUCCAAUAUUGGCUAAGCUGGAUAGCAUAGCCUUUCCUUUACAGCUAAAAGGGGACGGGCAUGCUCGCAGUCUCCUCCCACCACGCCUGACUAGCAGCCUGUGGAACGUGGCUGGGGAAACGGCUGAAAUGCCUUGUGUGGAAGAGGAUGGCAGACAGCAGCAGCUCACCCGGAUGUGGACCAUUCCUGGACUAUUGAGGUCUGAGACAUGAGUUUUUGUUGUACCUACCUAGAUUUACUAUCUCUAUCCAUGAGAGAACUGAGCUGGUAUGGACACACCUAGACGAUAACCGAGCCAUUUUACCCUAUUAGUCUAACCUAUAGCAUUUUCAAUCAGUAGACAUGUCACACAAAAGCAAUAAUUAUGAUAAUCAGUUAAAUAGUUAAAUAGUCUCAUUGUAUGGAAGCCAUGAGUCUGUCACAUGUACAAUGUACUGAACGCUGUGCUUUGAAGGUACAGGGGCCAUAACACCCUUCACAUACAGAAUUUUCUUUAUGGUGACAUCUAUGUUCUUAUGUGCUUAUGAACAUAUAUUGUACAGUUAUAGUGCUGUUCUCUCAACCCAAUUCCCGUUGUGUCAAAUCUAGGAUGUAUACGUUUUCCAUUCUAUUUUCUCUAACAAGGGGAAACAGAUAGAGCGAACGCAAAGCCAGGAACUGAGAGUGCAGCUUAGAACAGACAGGAGCAAGAGAAGGGGGAAACUAUGAGAUAUAGAGAUAAAUAAUAGGAAAACUAAAUCUUAAGUAAGAGGAAGCGGUGUCAUUCAGACCUCUGCUUCAGACAUUCUCAUUGUGUUUAGGAAGUGUUUUAAACUGAAAGUGAAUUUGUCCUUGAGUUUCUUCUUCAGGUAAGACAGGUUACCUUUAUCAAGCCUAUACAACAUCAGAAAUUACAUUCUUUCUAAGGAGUAGGAUUUGUUCUCUGGGUAUAAUCAGUUCAAAAGAUCUGAUCUGAGGCUUUUAUAGUCCAUUUGUUUUAGUUUGGAUCCAUAACAUAUUAACAAAACAGAAAUUUGCUGUAAAAACAAACAAAACUUUGUUCCAGUAAAAAUUAGCUCUUAAUCCAUAAAUACUGGUGUGUUUAAUACAAAAAGCAUACCUCCUCUUGUUGGUUUGGAUCAUGGUGGAAUCACCAAGCAAAAAGCUCAAAUUUUGAUUUAUUUUCAACAAAACCUUGGUCUUUGUUCUGUGUUUUCAUUGGGGAAUGGGGUUUUCCAUCACUGCCCUAAACUAGCAAGUGAACAGUCCCUGAAAGAGAUGCAACACUUCCAAUAAAUGAUUGCUUUCUGAGAUCGUAUCCAAGUACAUCAUAUGUCCAGGAUGGGAUUUCCUAAAGGCACCUUACUACUUAGAUGAUCUUUGUACUAUGAAGACAGAGUUUAAGAUUUUAUUCUCCUGCUUUGAUGACACCCAGUCAGUUCCCCAGUGCAACACAUACCCAGUAUUUCUAAACUGGCAUUUUGGUACUAUGUGCUGUUGGAUGGGUAAUAUUUAACCACGAGGUUGCUAUCUUUAAGCUUCUUCCAAGCACUUAGUACACAAUAUUUAAGCACUUUGAAUGGAAAUGUUAUUGCCUUGGCUUAUCUACUGGACAGGCGUGAUUUUGGUGCUUUUGGGAAACCCAGUCCCAGUUUGUCAGUCGUUCCUCUGUUACUUGGUCUACCUGUGGAUGCUGCUGUUGCUGCUAUGUGUUCUAAUUAGCAUGUACAUAAUGUAAACCAUCAUACUGAUAGCAACUAGCGCUACAGAUCCCACUAUAUGUACAUGGCCAUCCUUCUUUGUACAAAUGUUUGUAUGUAUAAUAGAAUAAAUAAAAAAAUGUGCAACAUUUUUAAUUAAAAAAGAGACAAAAACCAUCUGUAUUAUAUUUUAUCUUAUUUUGAAUUUUAUUUGUCUACUUUGUUUUUUUCUUUUCUACAAUAAAAACGCAAUUAUGAUUACAUUAUUAUUUAUUUGUUAACAUUAUACAACGCAAUGUUGAUGGUUUUUUUGUAGCAUACAGUAAAUUAUGUGUCAGUGCUAUCUGUGUUUUGGUUUUUGACUUACUUUAUAAACCUGGGACAUCUGAGAGAGCAAUACUGUUAUGCACCCUAUAUCCAGAUCCCUCAUUUUCUGUCUCAAGACUGACCCGCGUGUCUGUGUGAGAGUUUACGUGUGCAAAUGUAGAUUGCCUUGUCUACUAAUGUAAAAUGAUUUGUAGUGGAAACAUUUAUAUUUUUAUAAUAAAUAUUCGCAAAAUAUUUUCCAAAAGAUGGAUGAUGAUA